AUGCAUGAUCCCGAGAAGAAUGCAGGCAAAGAAGCGACCAGAGAUGCCUCCCCUGGUCUCCUUGCCUCCUCUGACGGAGCCGCAGAGCCAAAACCUGCUUCCCAUCCGCUUCAGGUCAUCUCAUGGAUGGUGGUGAAUACCCUGGCAACGGUCUUCACCAACAAGGCCAUCUUCUCGGAGCCAAUGUGGAAGCAGUCUCAGCUGACAUUUGCCUCUAUUCAUUUCCUGACGACGUGGUUCAUACUCUUUCUCCUAUCUCGAUCUCCCGUUGGGGUCUUCGUGCCUCGCCGUGCUCCCACGCUGCAUCUGAUUCCCCUGGCUACAGCAAUGUGCUUCAACGUCAUUCUUCCAAAUCUGUCCCUGGCCUACUCGACAGUUACUUUCUACCAGAUAGCACGAAUAAUGCUGACACCGACGGUCGCCAUCAUGAAUCUUGUUCUCUACGACCAAGGCCUCCCCAGGGGAGCUGUCCUCGCGCUGAUACCCACCUGCCUUGGAGUUGGCAUGGUCACCUACUACGACUCGAUUCCCGUGGGAGACGACGCAACCAAGACAACCUCUCUAUUGGGCAUCAUAUUUGCCUUUACAGGCGUAUUCGCGUCGUCCCUAUACACGGUCGGCAUUGCAGGCUAUCAUCGAAAGCUUAACAUGAACAGCAUGCAGCUCCUUUUUCUUCAGGCGCCAAUGGCUUGCUUUUUGCUGCUCUUCUUCAUUCCGUUUAUUGAUAAGCUCCCCACCCUGGGCCAUGUGCCCAUCAGGUUGAAUAAGGGAAUACUCAUCAUUAUGUCCACGCUAUUUGCUUCGCUCGUCAACAUCUCUCAAUUUUACAUCGUAGCACAGACUGGCCCGGUUUCAAGCACAGUUGUUGGACACAUCAAGACCUGCAUCAUCGUGGGCCUUGGCUGGGCUAUCUCAGGGCGUCCGAUUGGCGACAAGUCCGCGCUUGGCGUUGUGAUUGCGGUAGCAGGCAUUACUUCAUACUCAAGCAAAAUGUUGAAGCAUAAGAGAAUGAAGGCAAACGGAGCUGGAGUCAUGGCUGCGGGUAAGAAUUGA